AUGGCCCCAGGUGCCUUGAAGACGAUGUGGAGCAGCUUGGAGAGGGCCCUGACCAGCCUCUGUGCCAUCCUGCUCUGCUGCGGCUCCAUGCUGGCCAGCUGCCGUCAGGUGACCUUCUUCCCAGCCAUGUUAACUCUCCCUGCAGGUGGUUCAGCCACCUUCUUCUGCAACAUCUCCAUGGAGAGCGAGUCCGGCUUGGAGUACAGCCUCAAUUGGUACAAAGACACCAACAACAACCAAGCCCAAAAAAUUGCUGAGAUCAGCCCAAACAGCUACCAGACAAAGAUGGACAAGUACUUGGUCACCAACCACACUCCUGCCUUCAAGAUGGAGAUCCUGAACCUUCACCAGAAUGACUCAGGCUCCUACUACUGUGGGCUGAUCACCUUCUUUGAACCUGAUAAAGUGAUGGAGAGCAGCCGGUCCCACUUAGUUGUCACAGCAGCUCCUGAGAAGACAAACACCACUGAUGAGCCCGAGAUGGAGGAAGGCAAUUCCCUGGACCACAUCAAGGUCGUGCUCCUGGGCAUCCUGCUGCUGGCUGGGGCAGUUGUACUGCUGAUUUUUGGCUACCUCACUGUCACAUACAGGAGAGGAGAUGUGCAGAAACCACCGAGUGAAAAUGCACCAGUGAAGGAGGAUAAGCCCCCUGUGGUGUCUGUGUCUACCGUGGACUACGGCGUGCUGGAGUUUCAGUGCAACCAGUGCACCCAGGUGCCACCAGAGACCUGGCCGGUUGACCAGACUGAGUAUGCCACCAUUGUCUUCCCAGAGGAGAAACCCAUCACACCAAAGUGGGGGAAGAAACACCAGGACGACAGGACUUGGGAGCUGCAGUCACAGCCCUGCUGA